CUUGAGGUACCUACGCCAGGCACGCGCAUCCACCAUUAGAUCGAAACCACUUUACAUUCAGCGUGCCAAACGAAACACUUCUCCCACCCACCAACAUUAACUCCGACCAUAUACCUCAACUUUCAGCGCGCUUAUUCCAAACGUACUACAUCAAAUUAUCUACGACCACCUGCACUCAACAAACCCGAGAACGUAGAAGCUGCUAAAAUGGGUGACGACAUGGAAGUUGACAAUGCGCCCCUCUCGCCUCAGCAGGAGGAUGCUGCUGCCUCCGGCGGCGUCAACGCCAACUCCGCCAAGGUUGCGGCCAUGCAAACCCACACCAAGGCGACUGCCGUGCGCUCCAUCGAAGGCUGGAUCGUCAUGGUGACCAACGUACACGAGGAGGCCGACGAGGAAGCCAUCCAGGACAAGUUUGGCGAGUUUGGCGAGAUCAAGAAUUUGCAUCUUAACUUGGACAGGCGAAGCGGUUACGUCAAGGGCUACGCACUGAUUGAGUAUCCGACGCUUGAGGAGGCGCGCGCCGCCAUCGACGGUGCCCACGAGACGAAGCUCCUCGACCAGACCAUUCAGGUGGACUUUGCCUUUGUGCGACCACCCCCAGGCAAGACCGGCGGCGGCGGCGGCCGUGGUGGAGGUGGUGGUGGCGGCGGCGGACGCAACGGUCCUGGCAACCGCAAUAGGGGUGGUCGGAGUAGGAGCCGCAGCCCCGUUGGCAGGGACGAGUGAUGACGGGAUAAAACAUCUCGAUGCGUCUUUGUCUUACGCGAAAAAUGGGAUGGGAGGAAGGAAAUGCCUUUGAAGCCUGGGCAUAUGGCUGCUAUAUUCCCGCUAACUACAACAUCAAGGAGUAUCCAGCCAGCUGGAGUUUUCCAAGGGUGGGUGGAAUCAUACUGGAAUAGCAAGGCUUGCUGCAGCGCUAUCUUGGUCCUCAACCGAACGGACAAUAGCCAAAAUGGAUGGGAAUCGAUGAGAA